AUGAAUUGGAAUAAAUUCUUUACCGGUACACCAGACCACGGAGAUCACGGAAAUGAGGAUGAAACGGAAACGGAUGAUGAGGAGGACAUUACGGACAGCAAUGGAACCGUAUCGACCGAGAAAAGAUCAAAUUUUCUGGGAAUGCAUUUUCACCAAUUUUCACAUAAUGAUUUGUCGCAACGAUGUAUAAAAUUUGUCUUUUUAACAAUCAAUGCAGCAACGUUUCUUGCAGGCAUCAUUGGCGUUGUAACCUCUGUGUGGACUCUCACUGACACCAGAAUUAUGUCAAGAUUGAUUGGUCAGCGUUUUUUUAUCACAACACUAUUAUUCAUGGGUCUAGUUGCUUCACUAGUAUCGUUACUGGGCAUUCUUGGUAUAAUUCGAAGAAAAAGAAAAUUUUUGAACAUUUACGCAUUGUGUUACUUGACAUUUCUCUGCAUCAUAUUUAUCAGUGCUAUAAUGAGUUUCUGGAUCUUCGAAGAAAUCGCAAAAGGAAUUCAAGACGAUAUGAGCGCCUCCAUUGAAAAUUAUCAUUCUUUGUUCUGGAAUAGAGAAGCUUGGGACAAUACCCACAGAUACUUGAAAUGUUGUGGAAUCAAGUCUGCGAAAGACUGGACCAAAUAUCAUGUCGACAUUCCGAAGAGUUGUUGCUCGAAACCCAUCGAAGAAUGUCUACAAAUGACAGAAGCCGUAACUUACAGGACAGGAUGUCUUAGGAGUGCUGUGUUGUUGUUAAAGUCGCACGUGCACACGAUUAGCAUGUCCGCACUGUUGAUCUUCUUGAUCAUAGUGAGUCGAAUGAACAUGUGA